UAGAACAGCGUAAUUCAUCGCCCUGCACGUUUCAAGUCGGAACUGAAAACAGUAUUUUUUAUUGGAUUUUUCCUGUUCUAAGUUCAUCAUAUCGUUACUUUAACCACUCAGGAUAUUAGCAAGAAGGCGAUGUCGAGUGAAAGGGGAAGCACUGGUCGUGGUAGAGGACGAAGGUCAAGAGGGGGACACGAAGAAACAAACGGAGGCCCAAGCACUAGUUCUGGUGCAGCCCCGGUCCCUGAGACACCCCUCCCUGUCCCCUCAGCAACAAAGUCAUCAUCCACCAAAAGCAUUAAACCGACAGGAACGAGUUUGAAAAGAAUUCAGAAAGAAUUGGCUGAAAUAACAUUGGACCCACCCCCUAACUGCAGUGCUGGACCCAAGAAUGACAAUAUGUAUGAAUGGGUGUCAACCAUUCUAGGACCCCCAGGAUCUGUCUAUGAAGGGGGCGUGUUCUUCUUGGAUAUACAUUUUUCCACAGAUUAUCCAUUCAAACCACCAAAAGUUACAUUCAGGACUCGUAUUUACCAUUGCAACAUUAACAGUAAUGGAGUUAUAUGUCUGGACAUUUUGAAAGACAAUUGGAGCCCAGCCCUUACAAUAUCAAAAGUUUUACUAUCAAUAUGUUCAUUAUUAACAGACUGUAAUCCCUCCGACCCAUUGGUGGGAAGCAUCGCUACACAGUACCUACAGAAUCGGCCAGAACAUGAUAGAGUUGCCAGACAGUGGACGAAACGAUUUGCUACAGGAUUGUAACAGAUUGUUGGCUUUUAGAAAGAUGUCUGAAUGAAAGAAGUCCUCUCUAUCUGCAAUCAUUUGGAAUAUAAGAUCAAAAAAUUACGUUUGUUAACUCAUCUUUGCGCAUUUGCAGUUCAGUGAGGCAAAAAUUUGGAAGACUCCUCAAAUACUGGGUUACUCAAAAUUUAUUCAUGUAAAUUCAAAGUCUGUGAAACAGAUAUGAAAAUGUAUGAAAGAUUUGAAAGAACUUUGAGUUACAUCGAGAAGCAUAUGGUAGUCUGCCUAGAGGACUAUAAUUCAGUCAGACAGAUGAUGAAAGUGUAAAUUAUUAUUAAUGAACUGCCAGAUAAUAUUUUAAAGUAAUGUACUAUUAUGUAAUUGUAUGUGAAGUCUAUUUGUAUUAUUUGUGAGAUCUGAUUGGGUAAGCCGUUUGUCAGAUGUUAUUUGUGAGAUGUGAUUGGGUAAGCAUUUUGUCACAUGUUAUUUAAGGGAGUUGAGUGUUUUAAGUUGUAUGAGCAUGUUGUGUCAGUUGUUUAUAUGUAUGUAAUGUUAUGAGAUCUUGAAUGUGAGAGCACCUGUUAAUGUGACAUUUCUGUUGUAUGUUGAUUUGAUCAGCGUAACAUAAAUCAGCUCCCAUCUUACUGGCUCUGUUUACAGUACAAAUUUAGGAAAUAUUUGACCUUUUAAAAUAAAAGUCUCUAUUUGGUGCUGAAUCGUUAGAGAAAUAAAUUAUAAAUUCUAUAGUUUUAAGACAUUCAAAUUAAUUGAUAUGGCAAUCUUUCAAGAUUUGUUUAGUUUAAAUCAGGCAAAGAAAAGAAGUGAAAAAUCACAACCAAAAUCAACCCAAUUUUUUUGUUCAGUAUUUUAAAUUUUACGUUCAACAACUUGUAAUUUACAAAUUUUACUGCAUGAUACAGUGGCCUCUUAUUUUAUGUUAUAGAGAUGUCGGGUUACUGACUGCUUGUUGCCUGACUUCAUAUAUUUGGUAAUUCAUGUGUAUUACAGAAAGUUGAAUACACAGCAUUUCAGAAUACUAUUGAAAAUUAGUAAUCCGAUUUCUCAUAAAUUAACUAGAUUGUUCUUUUGACCACUUGUAAUAAUUUCUAUUGUCCAUGAUCUCUUGACCACUUGUCCUCAAAGUAAUACUUUCUAUUGUCCCAAAUUAAAUGACUAUUGUUGUAUUGAGCCAAUGUGAAAUAGAGCUCCUUAACAUGCGAAGAGAAAGCUACAUUCACAUGUACUGAUCUGUAAUUAUACAAUGAACUCUCAGUGGUAUUUUUUUAAACUAGGUGUAUUUUAUCAUGUCAUUUGUAAAAUUGUAUGGAAAUAAGUGUAAGAACAUAUAUUGUGUCUUGUCAUAGAUUUGUGACCAUAUGAGGAGGGCUAGUGAAAUGACUGUCCUGUCUAUUGAGAGAAAGAAUUUAUUGUGUCUUGUCUGUUGAGAGAAAGAUAUAUUGUAUUGGAAAUUUUGUUAUUGUUAGUUCUUUCAUAUUUUUACUGUAAUUUUAAUAGAAUGGGAGGAAAACUGUAUUGUAAAGGGAACUUGUAUUAGCUCUUUAGAUCUGAUUUAUAAAAAAAGUAAACAAAGUCUUCUCAGACAGAUUAAGACAAAUAUUCACAAACUUGGUUUUUUUUUGUACCGCAGACAGUUUUUUUAACUUACGGAUUUCAGAUAAUUGAAAAUUGAAAGUGCAAGAAAUCUGAAAAGGACAAAAUGAAGUUGGAAUACAGAACUAUUUCCACAUUGUUUACUUUGAAAAGAAUGGAAUGUGUCUUUUUGUAGUAGAAAGUCUCUUUGUAUUAAAAAUACAUGUGUUGUCUAUGAAUUUACCAAUGUCUUGCACUAAAAGAAAGAUGAAUUUAAUUUGACUCUGAAAUUAUGGAAAUAAAUUGAUGCAAAAUCAGCUGAAUAUUAUAUAUCAUACAAUUAAUUCAAAGUUCAUGAUUUACAAAAUGGUAAAUAUAGGGAAUUAAUAUGUCAAUAAAAUGUAACAUAAAGAAGUAUCAGUUUACUGUAUAUUUGUCAGUUUACUGUAUAUCUGUCAGUUUACUGUAUAUUACUGUAUAUCUGUCAGUUUACUGUAUAUCUGUCAGGGAGUAAGCAGUCCAAACAAAUAGCCUUACAUAUUUAUUCCUGACUAUAAGAUUCUCUAUUCACCUCCUUACAUUACCUAGAUCAUUUUACAAAAGAACAACUUUUUAAUUUCUUUUUAGUGAUAAAUUCAGUCAUUUUGUCUAAAAAAAAUUUUAAUGCAAAUUUCAAGUAAGCCCUAAAUGUGUUUUGAGGUAUAUUUUUUUUUCAAAAUCUUGUGGCCACUUGAGCACAUAUUUCAUAGCUGAGAUUAUCCACAGCAUCAAUUUAAAUUAUUUGUAUUAUAUCAGUGCAACACAACCUGCUUAGUUUGGGAAAAAAAUGCUUUACCUCUUCCUACCUAUUUGUUCAAUAUACAGCAAAGAGGUAUUUACACCGGAAUUAUGUAAUGUUUGAAUAGUAAGUAAAAUGGUGAAUUUAUUUUUGUUUUCUUGUUUAAAAAAAUUGAAAUAUUGUAAGUAAUGUCAUUUAAAGAACUCAUUUGUACAUUGAAUUAAUGAAUAACCUUAGUGAAAUGUGUAUGUUCAGCAUGGCUGGUAUCCAUUAAAAAGGAAAAACAACCAACAUUUUAGAUUGAUUUUUUUUUCAGUUAAAAAUGAAAAUUUAAAGCCAAAAAAAAUACAGUUGAAUUUGAGUAUAUUGUCACAUAAAGGGACAUAAUCAUGUUGAGCUACACAUCAAAACAAAUAAUUGAGGUUACCUCCCUUUAUACAAGUUGUUAUGAUUGUCAAUAAAUGGUAAACAUGUUUAUUA